GCAGUGAACCCGUCGCUUAUGAAACAAAGUAGUGCAGAAUUAGGCUGUGUGCGUUAUUUAGAGACAACCUACUGGCACACGUCGCUACCAUUUACUUCAAAGUGGAAGGAAUGGUACUUUCUUUAGGUUUGAUAUAAAUAUUACCUUUGAAGAACCAGCGCGAGAAUAAAAUGUCCCCAAAUUCCAUCCACUGGUUCCGGAAGGGCCUCCGUCUCCAUGACAACCCAGCAAUCCUGCAGGCGGUCCAAGGGGCCGGCACGCUGCGCUGCGUUUACUUCCUGGACCCUUGGUUCGCGGGCUCAUCCAACGUCGGGGUCAACAGGUGGAGGUUUCUCCUCCAGUGUUUGGAGGACCUGGACGCCAACCUUCGGAAGCUCAACUCUCGCCUCUUUGUCAUCAGGGGCCAACCAGCCAACGUGUUCCCGCGGCUCUUUAAGGAGUGGAAGAUCUCUCGUCUGACCUUCGAGUAUGACUCGGAGCCUUUUGGGAAGGAGAGAGACGCUGCUAUCAAGAAGCUCGCCAUGGAGGCAGGGGUGGAGGUUAUAGUCAAGACAUCACACACCCUCUACGACCUGGACAAGAUCAUUGAGCUGAAUGGUGGACAACCUCCUCUCACCUACAAGCGCUUCCAGACUCUGAUCAGUCGCCUGGAUCCUCCUGAGAUGCCUGUUGAGACACUGUCGCAAACCCUGAUGGGUCGCUGUGUCACCCCCGUCUCUGAGGACCACGGAGACAAGUACGGGGUCCCGUCCCUGGAAGAGCUGGGCUUUGACACAGAGGGCUUGCCUACGGCCGUGUGGCCGGGAGGAGAGACCGAGGCACUGACGAGAAUAGAGCGCCAUCUAGAGAGAAAGGCGUGGGUGGCUAAUUUUGAGCGUCCCAGAAUGAACGCCAACUCAUUGCUGGCCAGCCCAACGGGCCUCAGCCCUUACCUGCGCUUUGGCUGCCUCUCCUGUCGCCUUUUCUACUUCAAGCUUACUGACCUCUACCACAAGGUAAAAAAGAACAGCUCCCCUCCACUCUCCCUGUAUGGCCAGCUGCUGUGGCGGGAGUUCUUCUACACCACAGCAACCAACAACCCACGCUUUGACAAGAUGGAGGGGAACCCGAUCUGCGUCCGCAUACCCUGGGAAAAAAAUCCCGAGGCACUUGCCAAGUGGGCGGAGGCAAAGACAGGAUUUCCCUGGAUAGACGCCAUCAUGACUCAGCUGAGGCAGGAGGGGUGGAUCCAUCACCUGGCCAGGCAUGCAGUAGCUUGCUUCCUCACCAGGGGGGACCUGUGGAUCAGUUGGGAGGAAGGAAUGAAGGUCUUUGAGGAGCUGCUCCUAGAUGCAGACUGGAGCGUGAACGCGGGCAGCUGGAUGUGGCUUUCCUGCAGUUCAUUUUUCCAGCAGUUUUUCCACUGCUACUGCCCCGUGGGCUUUGGGCGCCGCACAGACCCCAACGGGGACUUCAUAAGACGAUACUUACCUGUCCUCCGAGGUUUCCCCGCCAAAUUCAUCUACGACCCAUGGAACGCUCCAGAGUCCGUGCAGGCAACUGCCAAGUGCAUAAUAGGUGUCCAUUACCCAAAGCCCAUGGUGCACCACGCAGAAGCGAGCCGACUUAACAUCGAAAGGAUGAAGCAGAUCUACCAGCAACUCAGUCGAUACAGGGGACUGGGGAUGCUGGCAUCAGUGCCGUCCACAAAUGGGAAUGGAACCGGAGGGAUGAUGGCCUUCUCUCCUGGAGAGCAGCAGCCAGGGAACACCAACAACAACUCUCAUUUGUCAGGGAGCUCCACUGCAACGGGCAGCGGAAGCAUCCCGCUCAAUUUUCAAAACGAAGAACCCAGGGAGCCGAGCAGCAGACUCCAAACACCCUCACCGCAGCACGGAUACCACUCCGAAUCCAGCCACACCGUCACCAGCAGCCAAGUCCACCACGAGUUUGCUGUGCCUCAACACCCAGGACUCGUCCCCCACGGCAGAGGUGUUACAGGGAAGCGGGAGCGCGAGUCGGAGCGAGCAGGCUCGGGCGAGAGAGACACGGCGUCCUGCUCGGCGCACAAGAUGCAGCGGCAGAGUGCUCAGGCUACCUAGACCAGUUUGGAGUCACCAUCCGGCCUCCACAGAGAGGAAGUCCCAACUUCAACUGCUCUCCUUCUUUAAUAGUCCGAAAAUUCCAAGUGGAGUAAACACAACGGUGAAAAUGUAAUUUCGACCAGAUUUCUAAAAGCCCUUUAACAUCAGAGGCCAUUGACCUCUGACCUUCUGCAGUUGCGAAGGGACGAGAGAAGCGCGAUGAGCAAAGAAAGAAUAUUCUUUAUAUGAAUAUAGAAUAAAGAUUUUUUUUUUUUUAAAUGAAAAAAUCGGAAUCUAUUGCUUGUUUUGUAAUAUGACUGUCCUGAUGUGUUGCAUCUCGUGGUGCCCACUAGGAAAACACCAUCACCCACACCCAUGAGGAGCGAUUGGUCUCACAUCAGGAAUAUCUUGUUGUCACAUGUCAUCUUCACGUAAUAAAAUGUGGCAAUCCAAUGAUGGAGGACGAUGUGUCACUAAUCCUUAAACCCGGGGUGACCAAUUUUUCUUUAAUGUGGGCCCGACCCCGCUUCCUAACAUCAACGCAACUUUUGAAUGAAUUCAGGGGAACAUUGGAUGUGAUCACUUUAUUUGUAUUGGCAGCUAACGGCUUAUAUUUGUAUAGUUUUCCAGAUUAUAUUUAAGACAAACGUCAUCUGAAAGAUAUCCAGGGUAAAAAAAAAAGUUUGGUUUCUUUUGUCGGCCUUGCAUGUGUACAGUGUGUUACUUUAGAUUUCUGGGGAAAUGUAAAAUGUAUUGAGAUAAUGGAUUAAAGAGUUUUUGUUGUAGCGGCCUGUGGGAUUAUUCUUUUUUUAAGUAACCCUAAAUUGCCACUGUUACUGACUUUGACUUUGUCUGGGAUUGUUUUUAUAUGGCUGAACCAGGAGCUGGCUCUGUUCCAUAGGGUUAUUGAGAACUCCGACUAACCUCCCUGUCGUCAUCCUCAAAGUGUUGCUUUGUCAUUUUGGCACUUUCUGACACUCGCAUGACGGGUUGGACAAGUUGUCUAUCUUUCACAAUGAAUUGUGGUCGAGUUUUGACUGAUGUAACACUCUUACCCUUGUUUUCCUCUGUAUAAAUCAUCCCUGUUUCUCAAUAUUCCCUCACAAAUGUGAACACUCCUUAAUGAAUAAUUUAUUUUACUACACACUUCAACGGUAGACCUGUAGAGCUACCUGCCAUAUUUUUGCCUCAGAUAUAUUUAAAGCAGAAAAUAUAAUGUAACCAAUAAAUACACAUUGCAAAAUGA